GGGGUCGGAGGUGAGGAGACGUCGCCGGGUGAGGAAGAGGGGGGCUAGCGGCCUGGCGCAGCGGCAACCGGCCGGGGCGUCAGGAUCCCUGGCCCCCGGAGAGCGAAGGGCGGGCGGGUCCCGGAGGCACCUUCACUAACCCGGUGCGGAGCACUUGGCGACGCCUCCCUGCCCAUUUCAUGUCUGUCUGCUCAUCGCUGCUCUGGGCACCGGCUGCCUCUUGGCUGGCGCUGCUGUCACACGGUGGACUGUUCUGGCCUUACUGAGCUGCGGUUUGGGGACAUCAGAUUCAGGUCGUAUGGGGAGAAACGAGUGUAACUUUGCAAGCAAGAAGAAUUGUAUAAAAAUGAAAAAAACAUUGAUGUGUGCUUCAAAUGUGGCAUGAGCAAAAUAAGGACCUCUGAUCAAAAUUGGCUGAGUUCAGAAUUUCAUGCUGGAAGGAAUGUUAGAUGUAACUUCUAAUUUCUAGUUCCAGUAAACAUCUCUUCUUAGAAAAUUUCCAAAAGAGAGUCCUGCUCUGUUGCCCAGGCUGGAGUACAUUGGUGUAAUCAUGGUUCACUGCAGCCUCGACCUCCCAGGCUCAAACAAUUCUCCUACCUCAGCCUCCUGAGUAACUGAGACUAUAGGCCAUUGCAAUUGGUGAUGUUCUCUCAUCUCUCCUCUUUGAAGAAAAAUGUGCUUCUUGAAUCAACCGCAGUCUCUCCUCUACAUAAGAGCUCUUAAGGGUACUAGCAGGAUAGAAGCAAAUGAACCUGAAAGCUCAUCUGCAGCUCAGAAAAACAAAGACAUGGAAUUUUAAAGAGUGAAGGUAGCAUGGUGUUGGCCAUGGGUGAACAAGACACAGCCAGACAAUGUGGACCAAUUUCUUCAAACUACGGCUUUUCUGCUGUCUGCUUGCAGUGUUGAUGGUGGUGGUGCUGGUCAUCAAUGUUACUCAGGUAGAGUACUUGGACCAUGAGACUGUUUCAGCCACAUUCAUCGACAGCAGUGGACAGUUUAUUUCCUCCCAGGUGACAGGAAUUAGCCGAAAUCCUUACUGCGGCUAUGAUCAGCAGACCCUGUCCAGCCAGGAGCGCAUGGAGGAGGACUCCUUGCUGGCUGCCUUGCACCGACAGGUUCCUGAUGUGGGCCCAGUUCCCUUUGUGAAAAGCACUGACCCUUCUUCCAGCUACUUUGUCAUCUUGAACUCUGCUGCCUUCUUUCAGGUGGGAAGCCAGCUGGAGGUGCUGGUUCAUGUACAGGAUUUUCAAAGAAAGCCCAAGAAGUAUGGUGGAGACUACCUGCAGGCCAGAAUUCACUCCCCCAAGCUGCAGGCUGGGGCUGUGGGCAGGGUGGUGGACUACCAGAAUGGGUUUUACAAGGUUUUCUUUACUUUGUUAUGGCCAGGCAAAGUUAAAGUGUCCAUAUUUCUGGUCCACCCCAGUGAAGGGAUCAGAGUUCUUCAGCGCUUACAGGAAGAUAAACCAGACAGGGUCUAUUUCAAGAGUCUCUUCCGUUCGGGAAGAAUUUCUGAAACUACUGAGUGCAAUGUGUGUCUUCCUGGGAAUCUGCCCCUGUGUAACUUUACAGACCUCUACACUGGGGAGCCCUGGUUCUGCUUCAAACCAAAGAAGCUCCCUUGCAGCAGCAGAAUUACCCAUUUCAAAGGUGGAUACCUGAAGGGUCUCCUAACUGCUGCAGAGAGUGCUUUCUUCCAGAGUGGUGUCAAUAUCAAAAUGCCAAUCAACUCCAGUGGACCUGAUUGGGUAACUGUGAUUCCCAGGAGAAUAAAAGAAACUAACACUCUAGAACUAUCUCAAGGCUCAGGAACUUUUCCUUCUGGGUAUUAUUAUAAAGACCAGUGGAGGCCCAGAAAGUUUAAGAUGCGUCAGUUUAAUGACCCUGACAACAUUACAGAGUGCUUACAAAGAAAAGUGGUGCAUUUAUUUGGUGACUCAACAAUCAGGCAAUGGUUUGAAUACCUUACAACAUUUGUUCCAGAUUUAGUGGAGUUUAACUUGGGUAGUCCCAAGAAUGUGGGUCCCUUCCUUGCAGUGGACCAGAAGCACAACAUCCUGCUCAAAUACCGCUGCCAUGGUCCACCCAUCCGCUUCACAACCGUCUUUAGCAGUGAGCUCCAUUAUGUGGCGAAUGAGCUGAAUGGCAUUGUGGGAGGGAAGAACACAGUGGUUGCCAUAGCUGUAUGGUCUCACUUCAGCACCUUCCCUUUGGAAGUGUACAUCCGGCGGCUCAGGAACAUCCGUCGAGCAGUGGUUCGGCUCCUCGAUCGAAGCCCAAAGACCGUGGUGGUCAUCCGGACGGCCAACGCCCAGGAGCUGGGACCUGAGGUGAGCCUUUUCAACAGCGACUGGUACAACUUUCAGCUGGACACCAUCCUUCGGAGGAUGUUCUCAGGGGUUGGAGUAUAUCUCGUCGAUGCCUGGGAGAUGACCCUGGCCCAUUAUCUACCGCACAAGCUGCAUCCAGAUGAAGUUAUUGUGAAGAACCAGCUGGACAUGUUCUUGUCCUUUGUGUGCCCCUUGGAGACCUAGCCUGUCUUGGAAGGGCCUGGAGGAAUCAUAUUCAAUGACCUUCUCAAUUGACCUGAGUUACAGAAAGUAGCCCCAGUGAGAGAUGACUGCCAUUAAUAAGCAUAACAUUUCAAAAAGAUCUGAACUUUAUAUGAUGACUUACAAGGAGCUUAGAAAAUGCAGGUUACAUUUAUAUCUACCUAUAGGAUUUUAUCCAAUCUUGACUUAGCCAUGGUAGAACUCUUAACAGCAUCUACACACUGUAUUGCUCUUAUAACCAAAGAUGCUAAUGAUUAGUGUAUUUGAAUUAGCUUCUCCUGGGAGGGUUGAUUACUUUGCUAAAGAGUAUGAAAAAUAUUCUGAUGGAAGGGACAAGUUUGGUUGGUAGUAGAGUGUUUGUAGCUUAUCUGGUAAAGGAAAUUGAGUGCAUCUGCAUGCAUAGCACAAGUAGUCUAUCUUCUGGCGGUUAACUAGAGAAAGCUUACAGUCAGAGGCUCUUGUGAAUGCACUGAAGACUGCUGUGUUUCAGGAGUUUCUCUUGAUGAUCUACCUUUUCUGAAUUACUUGAAAAGGCCAAUGUGCUUGGUUCGAGUUUUUUAGUGGGAAUAUUUACAAUUUCCUGCUUUUAUCUAGAAAAGAGCAGAAGGGAACUAUGAAAGCAGUAUAUAUAAAAUCUGUGCUUUGGAAUCGAUACUUGCAUUUGGUGAUUGUUUUUUAUUUGAUUCAGCUAAAUUUUAUGUGUUGAAUACUUACUCUAGAAUAACUACUUUUGGAACUGGAAGGGGGAAAUCUGUAAAUGGAAAUUUAUUUUUAUGUUCUGAAAUUUGAGGGUUUUAAGAAUUGACUUUUGUGUAAAGAAUGCUAUUGUAUUAUAAAGCUGUGGAAGUUUUUCCCACCAGUUUCAGGUGUUUUUUUUUUUUUUUUUUUUUGCUGUUAUUUUGAACUACUUACCACAAUUAGAAGUUAAAAUCUAAUUAGAAAUUAAUAAGCUAUUAAAAUUCAUGACA